CACAGCACGGCACGGCUCGGCUCGGCACGGCUCAGCUCGGCUCGGCUCGGCCGGCAGCGCCCACGCACCCGCCGCCAGGCACCCGCCUUCCCUCCCUCCUCCCGCCCCCCUUCCUCCUCCUCCGGGACUCUCCGCUGGGAUCAGCCCGCCGCCGCUGUUGUUGUUGGCCGGCUCUGCCACAUCGAGGAUAUUUUGGCUCCCGGAGAGGCAGCGGCGCCUUUUUCCUUUGGACUCUGCGUGCGCGGUGCCGGUGCCGCCGCCGCCGCCGGGGAGGGACGCAGAGGAGCGGGCGAGCGCCGGCCUCGGGGGCCAGAUGAGUGAUUUUGGGAUCAGGAACAUGGAUCAAGUAGCUCCUGUGUCUAACAUGUACAGAGGAAUGCUCAAGCGUCAACCAGCAUUUGAUACCUUUGAUAGCUCGAACUCUCUCUUUGCUGGAUAUUUUUUGUCACUAAAUGAAGAUCAAACGCUUCAAGAAGUGCCAACGGGAUUUGAUUCUACUUCUUAUGAGUCGAACAACUGUGAAUUGCCUCUGUUAACCCCGUGCAGUAAGGCUGUGAUGAGUCAGGCCUUGAAAGAUACUUUCAGUGGUUUCACAAAGGAACAGUGUCGGCUGGGUAUCCCAAAUAAUCCCUGGCUGUGGACUGAACAGCAAGUUUGCCAGUGGCUUUCAUGGGCUACUAAUGAGUUUAGCUUGGCAAAUGUGAACUUCCAUCAGUUUCUUAUGAGUGGCCAAGACUUGUGCAACCUGGGCAAAGAGCGUUUCCUGGAACUGGCACCUGACUAUGUGGGUGAUAUUCUGUGGGAACACCUGGAACAGAUGAUAAAAGACAGCCAAGAGAAAACGCAGGAUCAAUAUGUGGAGAACUCUCAUCUCACCUCAGUUCCUCACUGGGUCAAUAAUAAUUCCUUAACUGUUAAUGUAGAUCAGAACUCCUAUGGUAUGCAAAUGCCUGGAUACCCUAAAGCCCUCAGUUAUCCCAAACCCAGUCUCCUGACUGAUAUCUGUCAGACUUCCACAGGACCAAACCUCCUCAAUCCAGAACCAGAGUUUUCAUUGUUCCCUAAAACCCAAGCAGAUGCUGUUGGUGUGAACUACUGUGCAGUAAAUCAAGAUUUCCCAAGAAGCAAUCUGAACUUGCUGAUAGAUAAUUCUGGUAAGCUUAGAGAACACGAAUCUAGUGACAGUGGUGCAGAAAGUUACGAAAGCUCAGAUUCGAUGCUACAAUCCUGGAACAGCCAGUCAUCAUUAGUGGAUUUACAGCGUGUGCCAUCCUAUGAGAGUUUUGAAGAUGACUGUAGCCAGUCCUUGUGUCUGAGCAAACCUACAAUGUCUUUCAAAGACUAUAUUCAAGAACGAAGCGAUCCUGUAGAGCAAGGGAAACCAGUUAUACCAGCAGCAAUUCUAGCUGGCUUUACUGGCAGUGGACCUAUACAGCUAUGGCAAUUCCUUCUGGAGUUACUGACUGACAAGUCCUGUCAGUCAUUCAUUAGUUGGACAGGAGAUGGAUGGGAAUUUAAACUUGCUGACCCAGAUGAGGUGGCACGGAGGUGGGGAAGGAGGAAAAACAAGCCAAAAAUGAACUAUGAGAAGCUCAGCCGAGGCCUACGCUACUAUUAUGACAAGAACAUCAUCCACAAGACUUCAGGGAAACGCUACGUGUAUCGCUUCGUGUGCGACCUGCAGAACCUGCUGGGGUACACGGCGGAGGAGCUGCACGCGAUGCUGGGGGUGCAGCCUGACACGGAGGACUGAGCCUGAUGACGUGAUGCUGCAGGGGUGAAGAUCACGUGUUGGGACUGUGUCUGGGAACCAUCUGCAGUCAGUUCUUCUGGCUGUUUGGAUGGGUGCAACUGUUGGGAAAUAAGGACCUUAACUGAUUUUGUAACCAGGGAGAGCUGGAAGGAAGUGGCCUUAUUUCAUCAGUGGCUUCGGGUGUUGCCAUGUCAGGCACUUGAGCAGCGUGGAAGUCAGCAGACCCCAGCUCUGCCAUGAAGACAUGGAAAUGCUCUCAGGUUAAGCAUUUCGACUACCUGUACUGCCAUGUAAAGAGUUUUGGCUACUUACACUGCCAUUUAAUAAUGGGUUGGCUUUAAAACCAAAGGUUGGAUGAGAAACGAGUGAUGCAGCAGAACUAUUGCUCAGAUAUUUUAAAAUACCAUCGUCCUUGCUUACAUCUUACAUCAUGCAAUUUAUUUAAAAAAAAAAAAAAAAAAAACACAAAAACAAACAAAAAACCCCCACAACCAAAAAAACCCCAACCCCAAACUAAUUUAUUUUAAAUGAGCAGUAAGGAGAAUCGAUAUUAGUUUUGUUCUAAAGCACGUUUUAUUAUUAUUAUUAUUACUACUCCAGAAAUGUGCUGCAUAGGUACAUAAACACUCUGUGUCCAAAACCAGAUGUAGCAACUGUUAACAAAAAAUAAAAGACCCUUUAAAGAAGGGAAGGAAAAUCAUACCAUUUCAAUAUUCAGUUUGUAUAUAUUCUGUGAUUCUUUUUGAAACUCUGUAAUGUUGCUAUUUAACAGAUACUGUAUAGUGUAAAUUAAACUAAUUGUAUGUGUGUGUUUGAAAUAGGAUGAAUGUAAACUUAUCAAAUGUUUUUUUUCAUGUUUGUCUAGGAUAUACAACCUUCUGCAAAUAUUUAAUUGGCCUGAGAGACAACAUAAGUGCUCAGUAUGCAUGCAUAUGGUAUGCCUAUGAUAUGAAGGGCGGGGGGCGGGGGGAGGGAAGGCUGGCUCAGUAUUUGGCCGAGACUGAAGCUGGCAAUUUUUUUGUGCAUUUUGGCAUUUUUACAAGAUACUAAUGUUAUAUUCUGGGACAUAAAAGGCCUGUUUGUGGUUUCUUCUGUAACUGAAAAUGAAAAUAUUAAUAUGGAUAAAACUACCUUUUUUUUCCUUUAUAAAUGGCAUAUGUUUUUCAACUUUUAUGCAUGUCCUUUCAAAAAAAAUUUAUAUACAAGCCUUAUUUUUUCAGUUGACUUGUGUCUUCUUCCUGCAGUUUAUCCUGUAUGAUUAAAAUAUGAAUUCUAUUUUUGGAAAUAACUGUGACUCCUUUUCAAAGAUCAGGAGGGAUUUAUGUAGCAGCUAUUUUUACUGCAAAAAAAAAAAAAAAAAAAAAAAAAAAAAGAAAAAAAUCACUGGAAAAAUGUACUUUGUAAGAAAGCUUUAUUUUUUAUCUGAGCUUGAUGUACAUUUAAAUGUGUUGUACAGUGUGAGAGGUUUAAAAAUAUGAGUUUAUUAAAACCUCUUGAACAA